AUGAAAAGAAACAAUUCCUAUAGUCAUUACAGAUCAAAUCGAACAAUCCAUGAACGCUCUUCAACCAGUAAAAGCGAAUGGGAAUGGGAUUCAACACCCUCAAGAGCUAGUACACCAAGAAUCAUUGGAGGUUUAGUUUCACGAAAAGAUUAUAAACCACCGCCCAAAGAUUUUCCUACUCCUCGUCUUGCCUCUUUUGAUUAUGAUGAAAUAGAAUAUAGACAUCAUAAUGAGGAAGAUUAUACUGGGGCAGAUCUUGAUAGAAUUGAAUGGGAAUUAGAACAGAAAAAACUUGAUAGAGAAUGGUAUAAUAUUGAAGAGUCAUCAAAAACUUUACGUGAACAAAGAGAAUUUUUACCAGCUUUUGUAGUUCGUGAAGAACUUUUAAAAAUUAUUAGAGAUAAUCAAGGUUCAGGUAAAACCACACAGCUUACACAAUAUCUUCAUGAAGAUGGUUACAGCAAGUAUGGAAUUAUUGGGUGCACACAACCUCGACGUGUUGCUGCAAUGUCAGUUGCAAAGCGUGUUAGUGAAGAAAUGGAUUGUAAGCUUGGAACAACAGUGGGCUAUGCAAUUCGAUUCGAAGAUUGUACUUCUGAAAGCACUCUGAUAAAAUAUAUGACUGAUGGUGUAAUGCUUCGUGAAUCACUUAAAGAACCAGAUCUUGAUCAUUAUAGUACUGUUAUAAUGGAUGAAGCUCAUGAACGUUCAUUACAGACUGAUGUUUUAAUGGGUUUAUUAAGACAAGUGAUUACACGUAGAAGGGACCUUAAAUUAAUUGUAACUUCAGCAACUAUGAAUGCAGAAAAGUUUGCUGCAUUUUUUGGAAACUGUGCUAUAUUUACAAUUCCAGGCCGUACUUUUCCAGUUGAUACUAUGUUUAGUAAAACUCCAUGUGAGGAUUAUGUUGACAGUGCUGUAAAACAAGUUUUAGAAAUUCAUUUAAGUCGCCCAGCUGCGGUAAGUAAUUUUGCAAGAUCAAAAACUUUACGUGAACAAAGAGAAUUUUUACCAGCUUUUGUAGUUCAUGAAGACCUUUUAAAAAUUAUUAGAGAUAAUCAAGGUUCAGGUAAAACCACGCAGCUUACACAAUAUCUUCAUGAAGAUGGUUACAGCAAGUAUGGAAUUAUUGGGUGUACACAACCUCGACGUGUUGCUGCAAUGUCAGUUGCAAAGCGUGUUAGCGAAGAAAUGGAUUGUAAGCUUGGAACAACAGUGGGCUAUGCAAUUUGA